AGUCAGCCAGAUGACAAAGCGUCUGGUUGCGGGGUUUAAUUACAGUAAAAAAACAAACAUUUAAAAUGUUGAAAGAGUUGGUGAAGGAGCGGUUGAUGUCUGCAGCUGAUGAAAUAAUGGCGCUGUUUGAAAGAACGAUAGCGUUGUACGAGGAGGAAUUUUCUCGAACGAGAGAGGAGAAGGAGCGACAACGGCGACAACUGGAAGCUGUUUGCAAGACUCAAAUUGUGUCACAGAUUGAAGACAGCCAACAGCUCAUUGGUCAUCAAGAAGAACGCCGCCCUCAGCCGCCCCCCCAUGUUAAAGAGGAACAAGAAGAACUCUGCAUGGCUCAGGAGGGAGAGUGUCUUUCCGGGCUGGAGGAGGUUGAUCUCACCAAGUUGCCCCUGACCGUUGUCUCUGUGAAGGUCGAAGACCAUGAAGCAGACAAACUCUUAGCUCCGCUCUCCAACACAAAAUCAGACGCUCCUAAAGCCGAAGACACGGACACCCAAAAACCUCUGAACAGCGAUGCAGACUGCGAAGGUGAUGUGAGGACUCAGGCUGACACCAAACACCCCGAAUGCUUUGAAAAGCAGACAAGGAAACAAUAUUUGACCUGCUCAGUUUGUGCGAAAAGGUUUACUCAAAAGGGCGACCUGACUCGACAUAGGAGAACGCACACUGGAGAAAAACCCUUUCAGUGUGCAGUUUGUGGCGAAAGAUUCUCUCAAAAGGCACACAUGUUAUCACACACGAGAACGCACACCGGAGAAAAACCCUUUAGGUGCUCAGUUUGCGGGGCAAGAUUCACACAAAAGGUAAACAUGGUGUCUCACAUGAGAACGCACACAGGAGAAAAACCAUACACUUGCUCAGUUUGUGGAGACACCUUUGCUCAGAGGUGCAAUUUGAACAGACACAUGAGAACGCAUGUCGAGGAAAAACCUUUCAGUUGCCCAAUUUGUGGUAAAAAAUUUGCUGACAAGCAAGUUCUGGUAUCGCACGUAAGAACGCACACAGGAGAAAAACCUUUCAGUUGCUCAGUUUGUGGCAAAAGAUUCUCUCGAAAGAUACUCAUGGCAUCACACAUGCAGACGCACACAGGAGAAAAACCUUUUAUCUGUUCAGUUUGUGGCGCAAGGUUCACUCAAAAGGUAAAUAUGGUCUCGCACUUGAGAACGCACACCGGGGAAAAACCGUUCAGUUGCUCAGUUUGCGGCGCUGCCUUCUCACAGGCAUCCACUUUAAACAGUCACAUGAGAACGCACACGGGAGAAAAACCUUUUAGUUGCUCAGUGUGUGGCUAUACAUCCACUUCCAAGUGUAACUUGAACGCGCACAUGAGAACGCACACGGGAGAAAAGCCUUUCGCUUGCUCGGUUUGUGGUGGAAAGUUUGCGCACAAGGUCUCGUUGAACGUCCACAUGCAGACGCACACGGGAGAAAAACCCUUCAGUUGCUCAGCCUGCGAUAAGGGAUUUUCCGACAAAACAAAUAUGUUAUCGCACAUGAGGACGCACACGGGAGAAAAACCUUUUAGUUGCUCAGUGUGCGGCGAGGCCUUUUCUUUUAAAUCGUCUCUGAACAGGCACAUGCAGAGUCACUGAUGGUCUGCUGUUGGACUCGGCUGAUUUCCUCGCAGGCAGUGUGGGCGUCACACCAGACAUUGACGGAUAAUUCUGCAGUAAGUAGUAAGAAACUAGAAAUAUUGGUUUGGUUUGGUUUAGUUUAUUUGAACAUGAAGGUUCCAAUGGAAUACAUCUCAUGAAUCAUUCUUUCACAGUUCCACAUGUCCAAAAGGAGUAGGAAGAAGCAAAGCUUAUUUAAUCCUACCCCCCCCCCACCAUCCAUUCCACAUCUUGUAUAACACCUGUUGUUCACUUCCUGCAUUCCAUCUCAUAUUUUCUAUGAUAAUCAGAAUAAUAAUACAUAAUAAAUAACAGUAAGAAGACAAAAAAGUGUAUAUAUAUAUAUAUAUAUAUAUAAUAUAAAUUUAAAAAAUAACUAACCUGACAGAACAAUCAUUGUAAUGAUCAAGACUCUUCUGCCUUGUAUUUAGCAAACACCAACUGCUUGUAUUGUUUUUUGAAUUUGCUCAUCUCUGUACUUUGUUUGAGUUCUUUACUCAAUCCGUUCCAUAAUUUAAUUCCACACACGGAAAUGCUGUGGGUUUUCAGCGUAGUUCUCCCAUAUAAAUGUUUUAAGUUAAAUUUUCCUCUAAGAUCAUAUUUCUCCUCUCUGGUAGAAAAAUACUGUAUGAGGUUUUUAGGUAACAAAUUAUGAUUAACUUUAUGCAUUAUUCUAGCGGUUUGAAAGUGUACUAAAUUUGCUAAUUUUAAUAUCUGUGAUUUUAAAAAUAAAGGGUUUGUAUGUUCUCACCACCUUUUGUUAUAUAUAUUUAAUAUGAGAUUUUUGUUGUCUAUUAUGAUCCCCAGGAAUUUAUAUUCUUCCACUUUUUCAAUAUCCACUCUGUUUAUUUGUAUUUGAUCGUACGUAUCCCUUCUGCUAUUACCAAAUAGCAUUAUUUUAGUUUUACUCAAGUUCAAUGAUAAUCUGUUCCUGUCAAACCAUGACUUUAAUAUUACCUUUUAAUCCUUGACCUUUUUUAUGAGUUCUUGUGUGCUUUCACCACAACAAAAGGCGGUGGUAUCAUCGGCAAAUAAUACCAACUUUAAAUCCUUUGUUACUUUACAAAUGUCGUUGAUAUACAAAUUAAACAGUUUUGGUCCCAGUAUGGACCCCUGGGGUACUCCACACGUGGUGUGUAAACUCCCAGAUGUAUAUUCUCCUAGCUUUACAAAUUGUUUCCUCUUUGCUAGGUAGCUUUUAACCCAAUUCAAAACUAAUCCUCUAAUUCCGUACCUUUCUAAUUUUGAUGUUAAAAUAUUGUGAUUAAUUGUAUCAAAGGCUUUUGUCAGAUCCAUGAAUACUGCAGCUGCACAUCUUCUAUUGUCUAUAGCAGUAGUGAUUUCCUCCGUGAUUUCCAUCAGUGCCAUAGAAGUUGAAAUGUUAGCUCUGUAACCAUAUUGACUGCCUGCUAGUAAUUAAUUGUUGUUAAUAAAUUUGUCCAACCUGUUAUUAAAUAGGUUCUCCAUAAUUUUAGAGAAUUGAGCUAACAAGGAAACUGGUCGAUAAUUUGUAAAUUGAUGUUUGUCUCCUUUUUUAAAAAUUGGAACCACCUUGGCUGUUUUCAUUUUUCUUGGAAAUAUUCCAGUCUGAAAUGAUAAGUUACUAAUAUAUGUUAACCAGUCUAUGAUCUCAUUGAUGACCCUUUUUCAUUGUUUCCAUUUCAAUUCCAUAACAAUCAGUUGAUGUUUUAGCCUUAAAAUGUUUAACAAUAUCAGUGAUCUCCUUUUUGGUUACAGCAGUGAGAAACAUAGAAUUGAGAUUCCUAUCAAUAAUAUCAAUCCCUUCAUCAAUUGUGUCUUGUUUUGGAAUUUCUUCUUCCAGUUUUGGUCCAAUAUUUACAAAAUAAUUGUUGAACAUUUCAGCUACCACAUUCAUGUCAUUCCUGUAAGUGUUUCCAACCAUGAAAUAGGGAGGAUAGACUGCUUUCUUAAAGUUGUUCUUUAUAAUACUAUUUAAGAUGCCCCAAGUUGCUCUCAUGUUAUUUUUGUUCUUAUUUAGUACGUGACUAUAAUAUUCCCUCUUACAUGCUCUCCAGAUAGUUGUCAACUUAUUUUUGUAAGUCUUAUACUUUGUUCUGCUUCUUUAGUUUGUUGAAUGAUGAAUGUCCUGUAUAAUGUCUUCUUCUUCUUACAGGCGUUUUUUAGUCCUUUUGUCAUCCAUGGCUGGUUGUUUUUCUUUUGCUUCUUGGACUUUUCUUGCCAGGGACAGUUCUUAUCGUAGAGCUCCAUAUAAGUACAUAGAAAGUGACUUAAAGUUAUCAAUACCGAUAGUAUUGUUGUCAAAGUCAUUGGUGAAUAUAUUAUCGAUGAGGGUGGCACAGUGGUCUGGUAUUCUGCUUGGUCUAAUGAUUUUAGGAUAUAAACUCAAACUAUACAUUGUGUCUGUGAAGUCAUCUAUUUCCUUGUACUUAUGUGAGUUCAAAAGGUCAAUAUUGAAGUCUCCACAUAUAAAAAUAGUUUUUUGACCUAUGUCUGUCAACGUUGUCUUAAUCCAAUCCUCAAGCAUUCCAAUCUUUGACUUUGGAGUUCUGUACACACAACUUAUUAACACAUUUUUGCUUUUGUAAUUAUAUUGAAACAGCGUACAGAAAAAGUGAAAGGAAGGGUUGCCAAUUUGAUGUGUACAUUAAUGAUAUUAAAAGCAUUUCACUGUCA